CUCCGUUUUCCUGGCGAGCUCUUCCAUUCCGAGCUCUCGGGCUCGCAAUUGCCGUCUAAUCUCUUCCUCAGUCCCUAACUUUAGCCGAUCGUUGCAACAACCGAUCCCUCGUUUAAGUAUGGCGUCCCUCCGCGGCUUCCUCGCCCGGCCCCAGGAAUCCGACCCAGCUUCCUCAUCCGGUCGACGGGCUCCGAGGAGGAGGCGGCCCCGCUCUCCCAAUUUCGGACGCAAUUACCCGGUUACUUCUUCUUCUCCGCGCCGAGAUCUGGUGCCGCGAUUUCUCUGUCCCAAAGGAAUCCAUGAGCCGCGUAGGAAAAGUAUCAUCUAAUGACAAACAAGUGCAUCCCAUAGCCAAUACCUCCAUGGACCCAACAAAAAGCUCAGAGACCGGACAUGGCCCAAACCCUAGGCCACCUAUGAGUUCGGAUUCAGUAUCAACAAAAGUAUCGCGUCACAAAGAUCUGGAACCAGUUGCCAAGGAUGUCUCGAAGAGUUCGAGUCGAAGCCCGAAACACAAUCCAACCCACGGUCCUGGCUCCAGAUUGCCAAUGAUUUCGGAAACUGCUUCGACCUCAUCCUCUACCUCGACCUCAAUCGGGACAUCGAUGGCAACAAUGGCUGCAAAGAGCAGUGAUGCAAAGCUUAGCGACUCCUGCACAACUGCUGUUCGAGGUAGCAGCGGUGGCAACAGAAGUGACAGCACAGAGAGUGCCAAUUCUGCGCCCAUUAAGCGGCACACAGGAGGCGAUUGUCGUUGGGAGGCCAUUCAAUUGGCCAAUGCAAGAGAAUCCCCUGUUGGCAUAGGCCAUUUUAGACUCCUUAAGCGCCUUGGUUAUGGUGACAUUGGCAGUGUUUAUCUUGUUGAGCUUAGAGGAACUGGUGCCUACUUUGCAAUGAAAGUGAUGGACAAGGCAUCGAUUGUUAGCCGUAAUAAGCUACUCAGGGCACAAACUGAAAGGGAAAUACUCAGUAUGCUUGACCACCCCUUCUUGCCGACUCUCUAUUCUCACUUUGAGACACAAAAGUUCUACUGUUUGGUCAUGGAGUAUUGCAGCGGUGGCAACCUCCAUUCUCUUCGGCAGAAGCAGCCUAAUAAAUACUUCAGCGAGCAAGCUGCUAGGUUCUAUGCUUCUGAAGUGUUGCUUGCGCUCGAGUACCUGCACAUGCUCGGCAUCGUGUACAGAGACUUGAAGCCAGAAAAUGUUCUCGUGAGGGAGGAAGGCCACAUCAUGCUGUCGGACUUCGAUCUCUCGCUGCGGUGUUCUGUUGAUCCAACCCUAGUCAAAUCCUCAUCCGUUCGCAGUGGGAGCAGCGGCGGCAGUAGCGGCAACGACAUGUUUGAUGGCGAGCCACCGAUACAGAGCUGCAUCCAGCCAUCCACAUUCUUUCCUCGCAUCCUCCCCAAGAAGAACCGCAAAUCCAAAUCCGAUUUCGGCAUCAACAAUGGCUCUGCCUUGGAGUUCAUGGCAGAGCCAACAAACGCCCGAUCGAUGUCGUUCGUCGGGACACACGAGUACCUAGCGCCGGAGAUCAUUCGAGGCGAGGGACAUGGCAGUGCAGUGGACUGGUGGACGUUUGGGAUCUUUCUGUACGAGCUUUUGCAUGGCACGACCCCCUUCAAGGGAUCAGGCAACCGUGCCACGCUUCAUAAUGUGGUCGGCCAACCGCUGAGGUUUCCGGAAACCCCACUGGUGAGCCUGGUUGCUCGAGACCUCAUCCAAGGCCUGCUUGUGAAGGACCCACAAAGAAGAAUUGCUUACCACAGAGGUGCUACAGAAAUCAAGCAACACCACUUCUUUGAGGGUGUGAACUGGGCGUUGGUGAGAAGCAUGGCGCCACCCCACAUUCCUGAACCGAUCAACUACAGUCAGUUUGCGAGCAAGGAGAAGAAGGCCACUGACGGUGGCCUCUCUGGGAGUAGUGGAAGCAAGGGCAGUGCAAGUGAUUCUUCCUACUUUGAUUUUGAGUAUUUCUAGGAAAAAAAGGCCUUGCAGGUUAAAUUGUCAUGAAUCUUUGGUGAGAUGUUGGAAAGGCGAUCUCUGUAAACAUGAGUUAUAUUUUCUUCUGUGAAUUAGAGAAAUAAAUGUUUCAUUAUUUAGGGAACUAUAUGGAAGUUGUUUGUUGUCAUACCAAUACUGCCUGAUACGAGGAAGAUUCUUUGACACUAAAAAAAACUGACUCGUUAAUGCAUAAUUUGAAGGAACGAAGUCUUAUUUUGCCGUUGACUACAUUCCAAGCAUAAUUUUAAGGAACAAAGUUCUUUUGAUAUCUAACGACUAGGUUCUCUCAGACUUAUGUUGCACGUAGUAUUCCAAGAAGUCAAUUAUUUCUUUCUAAGCUAGGUCUAUACCCAGAUGAAUAUUAGGACCGAGAAAAGCAACAGCAUGACUGAUCAUAUUGUAUAAUUUUUUUUUAGUAAUAUAGAAUUGCCUAACUUUGAUAACUAAAUUAUUGUACUCACGAAACCGGAAGUGAGCUUUGGUACAAAUGUUUUUAUUUUUAUUCUACUUAAGGCGCAUCAGGUACACCAUCAUCAUCAGACUAGUCAUUUAGGUUUAAACAUUUAUUAGAUAAGAUUUCAAAUUAUCAACUUAAGACUAACAAUUUAAGUCUAAAAAUUUAUAAUAUAAGAUUCCAAAUCCUCAACGUAACGUGUGAGUCAGGUACACCAUCUACAAUCUAAUUGUUUAAAAUGAUAUGGAUGCAUAACUAGAGGGAAAAUUUCUAUAUACCUGACAAUGAGAUAAUUAGCUACAUUCCAGUCAUGAUUGCAUACAAAUCAUUGUAAUAAUGUACAGUUGAAAAGAAUGCUCAGAGAGGUGCUUCUUUUUCUGUAUGAUUACCAUAUCGUGUCUUCAAAAUACUUGUUACUAUCUUGAGUUAUUAAAUCUCGAUUCAC